AUGACUGUAAGCCAGACUAUACCUGAGCGUAUAAUAGCACUACCAAAAGGAUUUUCAGGCGGCGAAUUAAAGAUUUUUGAACUACCACACUCGUCCAACAUUGAAUCGAAGAAGCCUGUUCGAGUGUUUGUCCACAAUGGAACAACUUACCAGCUCAAAAAAAAAGCCUUCAGUCAAGGGUGCGAGUAUCACAGGGCUCGCGAUAGUGCUAAUGAGAAAUAUCGGUACACUGCAGACUCGAAGCCCUUGAAAUCCGGUAUCUUGACCAAUGCCGCUCAACGUCAGGAUGGAUGGCUUCUUCAGAGCGGAACAUUUGAGUUUUCUACCAAGUACGACUUGUGCUUCAGCCUGUGUGGUGCGUUCUAUUCCGAUUUUGCUUGCAAAGAUGAGAAUCAGUUUCAGCAAGUGGCGCCCUCGGUCUCAGCAACCUCUCUCGAAAACCGUUUCCUCAUGGCCCGUGAUUUCCACGAUAACUUGAUCGAAAAGCACAGCACCAACUGGUCUCACGUUCCUCUAGAAACGUUGAGGGACGCUCUCACACAACUAAGCGAGUCAAUUGAAGAGGCUGGUGACAUUUACCACAAUGUUACGCCUGCCAAAGUUACCCAAUGGCUUGUUGGGAAAGUUCGCAAGAUCAUCGAUGGUUUCCCAGCUUCAGUACCCUUGCCACGUAACCUACCUGAAGAAAUUCACGCGUAUGCGAAGAUUACAUUUGCGUGUAAUUUGCUCAUCUCACUGGUUCCUCGUCCAGCGUAUCAGAACCUUACUCAGUAUGCAGGAAGCGACCUAAACAUUGCUAAAGCGAUACAAGACUACAACAGCUACCAGACAGAGGCUGCUGCACGUCAAAAAGAACAAGAGCUGUUGAUAGAUUCGGCCAUGAAGGUUGGGAUGUCGAACGGAAAUGGUAAUAAGCCUGCUGUUAAGAAAGUUACGAAAGUGGUCAAAACUAAGAAAAUUGGUGCUGGAAAGGGCGCAAUUGAUGGAUUCUUUAGGAAGAAAAAGUGA